AUGCUGAGAAUCGUCAACCGUUCCAAGGAUAGGGGUGGUACCGGGACAAGGGCCCUCUACACCUCGGCGCCACCCAUGUCCACCACGCACGGUCUUCCCCCCUCCGUUGUAGAACUAGAACCAGGUCCUCCCCUGGUCAACACCAUUCUUGGUCUUGUUCAUAAUGAGCCCUUCCCCGCUGUCUCUUCGGACGGACGCCACGCCUACGCCAGUCGUCCACUCCCUCACCCACCACCACCAAGAGCCAAGCUCUCUGUAAUGCCUCCUCUAUCGAGUAUUUCUUCAGGCAAGGCAACCACCACACUCCGCCCAGACUUUGCAACAAUGGAGUCGAGGAUAUCGAGGGACGACAUGUUCUUGAGGCCCGCGACGGGAAGGGCUGCUAUUGAUCCCAGGAGGAUAUCGAGGGACGACUCAUAUUUGGUUGGCCGGAGGCCAGGCUUUCACGUUCAAAACAGGGGCCGCUUGACACCAGACAUAAGCUCAAGAGGAGCCUCACCACCAAACUUUGCGCCCCCCUUUCGCCGACGGGAAACGCCAGAAUCGUUGCGAUCCGCCGAGAUCCCGAUAGGUAUAGGAAUUCCCAUAGGCAUGGCUAUAGGCAGUCCAUCACAGGCCUCGGGCCACUCGCCACCAAACUUUGUCAACACCUGGCGACCACAGGUACCCCAGGUGCAGGAGGUUGUCCAACCAGAGCCGGAGCCGAUGCUGCCACCACCACGUGAACCAGAAGUAACGGCACCGAUCAAGCGAACCAAGACUGGAAAGCGAAGGCUAUUCGGGUUAUUUGGGAGAAAGCAUGUCGAAGAGCCAACGAUGCCUUCACCUUCACAGAGUUCUUUUUAUUCAGACAUCAGAUCGGCUUCUUCUCUGCAGAGUCAGCGGUCACCAUCCACCCCAAUGAGGAGCAACACAUCGGCCGGUACCAACGCCUCAAAAUACAAGCCUCUUAUCGCCAGAACCAACACCGAGCCCAUGACUUCCACACCCAGGAGCCCACGACGAAAAAUCAGUAAUCCAAUCCCAAUCGCCAACUCGAUCGAUACAGAGCAUCCUUACCAGCCUCAUGUUUUAUCAGAGAUUUCAAGGCCAGAGAUUCCGAGGCCCAAUAUUUCAAGGCCCGGGACUUCAAGGCCUGUGAACCCGCCACCACCUAUCCCCAACACUAACACAGGCAGUCCGUUUUUGAACGUGGAAAUCCCGGAUAUCAAGAUGGAGAGGUACAGCGUAAUGUUUAGUGGCCUGUUGAAUCCUCAGAGCUCGUCAUCCCUCCUCGCAAGGCGCCAGGCCACUCUCGACCGACUCAAGAGCAUAAACGACUGCAUUAUCAAGGAGGAGGAAGAGAGGACAAGGCCCAUAGAACGUGCCGCUACAUCCCCGCAGCCGAUUCCGACAAAGUCGCCGGCCUUUACGCUCUUCCCACCUACUCCGGACUCUCGAUUAGAGUCCUCUCGACUCACGUCGUCACCCAGGGCUCGGUCGAACACGUCACCUGCGACGGUAUCUUCACCGGCGAGACCGCGCUUUGGCUCUGGUUCUGAAGCCGAAAAUGCGGCACCCAGCAUCGGCCAGGCAUCACACAAAACCAGCCAUUCGGCAGGAUCGUCAAGGUACCUGCACCCAAGCGCUAGGGAUAGGGCCGUGCACUUUGGACAGGACCAGUCCAGCUUGUAUUUGGAAUCACCCACCAGCCCAGUCUCCGACUAUGAGCGUGACCAGCGAACGACCGUGCAACAACUUAAGCCGACGAUAGCAGAGCCGCACUGGCAGUUGGUCACUCCGCCAAGCUCAGCCGCCACAUCUUCGAGCACCGCCAGCAGCACUCGCAAGCGAUCCCCAUCGUCAACCUCCUCAGUGGCCACCAACGUCACGAGGCCUUCCGUCGAUGAUGAGUCUGACAAUGCGCUCAAGGCUGCGGUGGAGAUUUCAAUUGCGAGACAAAUCAGCAUCUCGCGUCAACAACGGCAAAUGCUGAGGCCUCUGCACACCAGUGCCAUGCGGGACCGGAACGGAAUGACGGCUACCAGUCCCAGGCCUGGCAGGCCGGUACCUUCGCCUGCCAAAGUGAGCCCAGUCAAGCUGGGUAAGAAUGAGCGUUUGCAAGAGACAAAGUCGUCCACGCCCACGCUCAUUCAUCCUCCCAGGCAGCAUUUAUCGGCUGAGCAGUUGAUGAUGCACCGGAAGAGUGAGCGGGUCAUUUUGGAGGCUGCCUAG